AUGUUUAACUUACAAACAGGACCGAAAGAAGUAUUUCCAUAUAACUACUACAGCAGUGUUUUGUUAGCAAAUGACAACAGAACUGGUGUCAUUUCUGAAGCAUGUAAGUUUAUCCAUGAUGCAGAUACAUUUAUGAAGAACAUAGAUUCCAUCAAAGGUUGCAGAAUAGAUGAAAACCACUUCGACUUAGAAAAAUAUAGCACGUUUUACUGCAAACAAGAUGUAAGAAUUUUAAGAGAAGGUUUUGUAAAGUUCCGCAAUGACUUAUUGAAAGAGUUUGAUUUAAACGUUUAUGACUACGUUAGUAUUUGUUCUAUUGCUAACAAAUUGUUUGAGAACAGAGUAUACUUCCCGAAUGGAAAUCUUUAUGACCUCUCAAAUAAACCAAGAGAAUUUAUUUCGAGAUGCAUUCAAGGUGGAAGAUGUAUGUUGUCAGAUAACAUGAAACAAAAGAGCAAAAAGAAACUCAUUGCUGACUUCGACACUGUUUCAUUAUAUCCUUCAGCUAUAGCAAGAUUGUAUACUUUAGAAGGAAUUCCAAAAGUAUUGAAGGAUGAGAUGCUAAGCACAGAGUAUCUCAUGAGACAUUUAUUCGAUGAUGACCAAAAGGAACCCAUUGGUGAAAAGUUUAUGUCUGGCUUCUUUGUUCUCAUUAAGAUAACAGAGAUUGGUAUACCCAGACACUUUCAUUUAAUAGUUUGCGACCCUGAACUAAAUCCAGAACUUAACGUUCCAAGAAGUUCAAACACUUGCUGUCUCAUGUAUGUUGACCAUAUAACAUUACAAGACCUCAUAAAAUAUCAAGGUGUCAAAUGUGAAGUGUUGCAAGGAUACUAUUACGAUGGAAACAGAGAUAUGAGAAUAAGAGAUGAAGUAAAGAA